AUGCUGCUGGCCAUGCUAGGAACCUGGGCCGUUGAAGGAACGCCGAUCUAUGCGAGUAUGGAGACCGGCCAGACCAUCGCGUACAUCUCCGACAUUGGCGCCCAAGGCCUCAAGCCGCUCUUCAUCACCGGCAGCGUCAUCACCGUGGUGUUUCUCGAUCUGUCUUUCAUCGCCGAGCGCUGGCUGCGUCAUGCUGGCCAGCUGGUGCCUAACAAGGGCUGGUUCGACAAGGCGUGCGCCAUCGCCUCCAUCUUCUUCUCGAUCGCGGGUGCCAUGGGGCUGAUCCUGCUGUCGUGCUAUGACACCCUCCGUCAUCCGCACAUGCAUGACGGAUUCCUGGUGAUGUUUCUGGUCGGUUACCUGAUCAGCGCGAUCCUCAUCUGCGCCGAAUACCUCCGACUGGGCAUCUUCUACCGCUCGAAUCACCGAGUGCUGUUCGCCAGUUUUGUCAUCAAGGCGUUUUUUGUCGUGGUGGAAAUCGCCCUGGCCAUUGCGUUUGGUGUCCUCGGAGGCAAGGGUGCGUCCAAGAGAAAUGCCGCGGCGGUCCUGGAAUGGGUGAUCGCCCUCAUCUUCACCUUCUACGUUCUCUCAUUUGUGAUCGACCUGUUGCCGUCUGUCCGCACCCGUCGUCACGUCCCCCAGGGCGAGAAGCAUCUCCACGCGGGCCACGCCAAUGGCCCUCUUCCUGCGGCAGAAGGCGUCUACGAGGAGCCUGUCACGCUGGAUUCAACGGGUCCCAACGCGAACAACGCGAGCUACUACCGUGGGGCGCGCAUGUAA